AUGACGAAUUUCAACAGAAACGGAUUGAUAAUAAUCCGCAAUCUUGCACUAUUACUAUUUUGCUUUCUCAUUGGUGGCAGCGCUGCCUGGAGCCCAGCAGCAGCGUCUCCAAAAUCUAUAAAGAGGAGCCUCGUAACAUCAUCAUUAUCAUUAGCAUCAUCAUCCUCCGAUGCAUCCUCGGAUCGAAGAGGAUUCUUGCAACAAGGGGCUGUUGCUGUUGCUGUUGGAGCCGUUAGUAUAACUGGCCUUGCAACAAAUCCAAAUCUUGCCGAUGCAGCAGACGACGAAGUAGAAGAAAAAAUGAUGGAAGUUUACUUUGGAUGUGGUUGCUUUUGGCACGUUCAACACGAGUUUGUGGAAGCCGAACGCAACAUUUUGGGACGAAAGGAUGACAUGACACUAACCGCAAGGGCUGGUUAUGCAGGUGGCAAGGCAGGGGCCAAAGAUGGUAAAGUGUGUUAUCACAAUGCCUUGCAAAUUAGUGAUUAUGGAUCCUUGGGACACGCCGAGGUGGUCCGAUUACAGAUCCCUCCUUCUAGUUUCAAAGCCUUUUGCAAGGAGUAUUUUGCCUUGUUUAAUGAAAAGGGAUACCGACCAGAUCAGUGGGGAGAUACUGGUCUCGAGUACCGCAAUGUAAUCGGGAUACCAGGUGGAGUUGGAUCGACGUAUGCGAAGGAACUCAUCCAAGUGUCGCAGGAAAAUGGUGACAAGUUGGACUUUGCCAAGGGCAAAGGAGACGAUCCGGAUGCUCGGGCUCUAUGUUUUGUCAUGGAUACAGCAGAUUUUCCCUUUUAUGUGGCCGAACAGUAUCAUCAAUUCCAUGAUGGAUUCAACUGGGGAGAAAACUAUCCUAACUCCUACAACGACUUGGCCUCGAAACUUUCCAAGGCGAAUCUAUUGGGAGAAAGCAAGUGCCCCAAUGGUCUCAUUGGAGUAGGAGCUUUGGGGUUGUAA